AUGGCAAGACAAGGCGGAAUGACUUCGAAGGAAGUGGGGCAACACUCGUUAGAUCUGAGUGGAGCGAGUGACGUUGACAGGAAUGGACUUGACUCGCCAAGGCAACUCGUCUACUCAAAGGAGGAGCUCAUGGCAUUGCGGCCAAGGACUUCGCGAGGUGCUCGCUUCAAGGGCGAGGGACUACCCCACGGCUUCUACAGCAAGGAUGCGCUGCAGCCAGUCGUCCUGUCCGGCCCGAUGCCUCCUCUUCGGAACGUGCAUCCUCCAGCUCGCAAAGACCCGCAGCUGAAACCCUUCGGGAGGGGAAGACGCGAGGACAUGGAGGGGUUCGGAGGGCCAGUGCCAGCGGCGUACAGGCAGCAAGGGCCCUUUGGGGGAGGGUUUGCAGGUCGAGGAGGGCCGAUGGGCUAUGGAGGAGGACGAGGGGGUCCUAUCGGCCCCCCAUGGGGGAGGGGUUACCCGGCGGCGAGCUUGCAGCAGGUCGAAUGCUGGUAUUACAAGGAUGCUAUUGGCAACGUCCAGGGGCCCUGCAACGUCGUGAAGCUGUUGGAGUGGCACAAGGCAGGACUGUUCACGGCCAACAUGCAGGUUAGGCACGUGGACAGCAGCGAGUACAUCGCUCUGUGUGACGCGGUGGACCUGAGGACGGGUGAAGUGAAGGUUGUGCCGGUCAGGAGGAUGCAGCAAGACAACGACAGCCUUGAGAUGGCCCCUCCCACCUCCAAGGAGCAGUUGGACCCCCUUGCCUCGCUCUCCAGAGACACAGCGCAGCUGGAGCGGCUGGUAGAGGAGGAGAGGCUUCGACUAAGGCAGCAGCGGAGCAUGCCGGACGCUGCACCUGAUAGGAGGCCUCCCCCGAUUAUCAACGAGCCGACCAAGAUGUCGGCACCGGACCCCAAAAGGACGACAGACGCCAACGGUCCCAUGCCCAUGUUGCCCUUUGGGGGUGAGGCAGAGAGGAUGGGAGGUCAGUUCCAGGGGCUCAGGGUAAGCACCGGCCCCUCCGCUCCCUCAGCUCCUUCCCCUGCUCCUGCUCCGUCUCCAGUCUCAGCACCUGGCCAAGUCCCAGCAGCAUCUACAGCUGUGUCUGCUCCUGCACCCACCCUCCAGGCUCAGCAGAACUCCUUCUCCUCCCUCCCCGGAGCCGGGCGAGGCUUCGGACGAGGCAUCCCCAGGAGCGCCCCCGGAGCCCCUCCCGCUGGGCGACCCCAGGACUCGAUGGCAUUCCCUAUGAUGGCUCCUGGUCCUGGGAUCCUGACCGCCAGCGACGCCCUCCCCCCCUCCUCCUCCUUGCCUCCAGCUCCCAGCGACCUGGGCCAGGAUAGAGAUCCAGCCAUCGUAGGGAUGGGCAACCAGAUCAAUGUCGCUGGCUCCUUCGGGCUCAUGGGACUUCCUCCCCCAGAGUCUCUUGGACUUCCCCCUGACACUCCGCCCGACAUUGUCAAGGCAGCCAUCGUCGCCGGCAUGCGGCCCGUACAGCCGGUCAUGCCCCCCAAGACUGCCGGAGUCUCGAUGGGCCCUUCCGCACCCGGGGGUGUGAAGGAGAUGCCGCAGCCUCCCGUCAACUUCGCAUGGCAGAUGCCGACGGCAGGGGCGACCCGCAUGGUGGCUGUGCCGAGCAAGCAGCUGGAGCUGGUGGACAUCGACCCGAUGAAAGAGUUCUCGUCCCCUGUCGACAAAGUUGCCCAGGGCGACGCGAUGGCUGCCUGGCCUAAGCUCAACAUGCGCAACGAGGAGGCGAAGCAGUUGGAGGAGAGGAGGUUAGCGGAGGAAUCGUCACGACGAGAGGAGAUGCGGAGGUUUGAGGAGGCCCAGCGGGCGGAGAGGAUGAUGGAAGAGAGGCGGGCCGAGGAGGCCCGAGCUCGAAUGGAGGCUCAGAGACGUGAGGAGGAGGCGAAGAGGACGGCGCAGCAGGAGAGCGAGCGGGAGAUGAUGAGGCAGAAGCAGCAGCGAGAGCUUGAGAGGCAAGCCCCAGCCGUGGGGAGGGGGAGGGGAAGAGGUUUCGCCCCUCCUGCCGAAGGAAACUCGGUCCAUGCUCAGACGGCAAGGCUCAAAGCGCUGGCAGAAGCGAAGGCACUGGCGGCGCUGGAGGCUGAGGCUCAGAUGAAAGUUGAAGUCACAGCCAAGACGACCGACAUGAGCGGGAAGGGGAGCGCUCCUGCCCCGUCACAAGCCCCCUGGGCUGCGGCACAGCAGGCGCAAAAGCAGGUCAAGUCCAUGCAGGAAGUCAUGGAGGAGGAGGAGAGGGAGGCGAGGAGGAGGAUGCAGGAGGAAGAGAGACAGAGGAAGCUCCAGGCUGAGUCCAGGAAGAACGAGCCCGAGCUCGGAGCAGGGGGGGCGUGGGGAGGGGCUGUAAAGCCUCCGUCGCUGCAGGAGGUCAUGGAGGAGGAGGAGAGGGAGGCGAGGAGGAGGAAGGAGGAGCAGGAGAGACAGCGCAAACUUCAAGCUCAGGCAAGGAAGAACGAGCCCGAGCUCGGAGCAGGAGGACCGUGGGGAGGGGCUGUAAAGCCUCCGUCGCUGCAGGAGGUCAUGGAGGAGGAGGCGAGGGCAGCGGCCAAGCAGCAAGUAGACAAAGGCGCGAGUAAAGUGACUCCCAACAGCGAAUUCCCCAGCCUGGGAUCGUCAUGGGCAACCGGCACUUCUGCUCCGCAGGAGAAGGCGAAGGGAGGAGCGAGAGGAGGAGGAGCGAUGGCGAGGACCGAGCAAGCGGCGGCAGCGGCAGACCUCUCACAGAGCAACUCGGCCCAUGCGCAGGUUGCGAGGAUGCGAGCACAAGCAGACGCGAAGGCGUUGGAGGAGGUGAUGCGAGCACAGGAGGAGGAGAAGCAGAGGGCUUUGAAGGCGAAGAAGCAGCAGGAGGCAGCGGAGAGCUCGCGAGGUCAGUGGCCUAAGGAGCAGUCAGCAGGAUGGAGCAAGGGAGGGCCAGGGGGAAAGAACAGGCCGCUGUCGCUAGCAGAGAUCCAGGAGCAGGAGAUGAGGGAGAAGCAGGAGAAGAUGGCAAGGAAGCAGGCAGAGGUGCAGGAGGGGCUCCGCUCGCAGCCCAUCAGCGCUCAGGCUGCUGCGUCUGGCGCGUGGGGGAAGGGAGCGAUGCCGGUGAAGUCGCUGGCGCAAAUCCAGGAGGAGGAGGCAGCCCGAGCACAGAGGGAGGCAGAGCUGCAGAGGAAGAGGAGGGAGGAGGAGUCGAUGGGCAGCGGCAGCUCUUCGCUCCCGUCGGGAGCAUGGGCGAGCAAGGCGGCAGCGCGGCCGGCAGGGCUGGAUGCUCCUCCUCAGGUGGAGCAGGCGGGCGGUGGAGGAGGCGUGUGGAGCAACAAGGCAGGAGGUGUCAAGCCCAGCGUGCCUCCUCCUGCCGCUCCCGCAGUGAGCAGCUCACAGGGGGCAGGUAGGCAGGAAGACGAGGACGAGGACGACCUCUUCUGGGACUUCAAGGGGAAGCCGGACAAGGCGGCGGCGACGUCGGCGACGAGCAAGGACACGGGGAAGGAGGGGGGAAAGGGGAAGGGAGGGAAGGGGAAGGAAGGGGAUAGCUUCUCCAAGUGGUGCUUCAAGGAGCUCGAGAAGCUGACCGGGAGUGACGACACGACGCUGGGAGAAUUUCUCAUGUCCCUCCACUCGUCGUCUGACGUCCAGGAGUACGUCGAAGAAUACCUCGGGCCCAAGGGCAGGUCGUUUGCGGAAGAGUUUGUGCUGAGAAAGCAGAUGGACAGCGUGGAGGUUGUGAGCUCGCGGGGAGGCAGCAAGGAGGAGGCGAACUUGCAGGCGAAGAAGAAGAAGAAGUGA